AUGCAAGGAGAAGACAAUGAAAGUCAAGCUUUUACGUGGCAUGCUGUCGCUUCGUGGACGUGGGAUGCUCAAGAUGAAACAUGUGGGAUCUGUAGGAUGGCUUUUGAUGGCUGUUGUCCUGAUUGUAAACUCCCUGGAGAUGAUUGUCCAUUAAUUUGGGGUGUAUGCAACCAUGCCUUUCAUCUUCACUGCAUCUUGAAAUGGGUGAAUUCACAGACUUCUCAAGCACAUUGUCCCAUGUGCCGUAGAGAGUGGCAGUUUAAAGGAUGAAGAAGUCGAAUUGGAUUCUAAAAAAUGUCACUUUUCCCCCUUUCUUUUUCUUUGCCAAACGUGUUUUCUGUUGUAUGAUGGCAUUUUCUGGAGGAGUUCUUUCUAACAAUUUUGUAAUAUACUAUGUGAAUCCUUAUCCUUUCUGGAUGUAGACAGCUUGUUAAUUAGAAAAAACAUUAUCUUUUUAUCACC